AUGCCCCAGUAUGGUACGGCUUGGUCCAGCGGCUUUGCAUUCGUCAUUGCAGCAAAGCCCAAGGCGGGAAAACCUGGUGGUGUGGGCUUAAAGGGAGUGGGGCCCAGGAGCAUGGCCGUGAUAUUCGACACGCUUCAGGAUGAUGCAGGCGAGCAGCACAUAGGGCUGAGCAUCAACGGCACAGAGGAACCCUUGGUCAAGGAGGUGUCGCCAUUCGCUUUCACCGAUGGCAAUGCAUACACGGUGUGGGUGGACUACGAGCCUGGGGAUCCUGGCACCAUUCAAGUGUUCCUGGCAAACUCAAACGUCAAGCCAGAGGAGCCGUUGUUGCAGCGGAACAUGUCGCUGUGUGCGGUGCUGCAACCUGGAGUGAAGCAACCGGCGUUUUCAUUUGGCUUUGUGGCGUCCACCACUGUGAAGCCCUUCCAGCUGCAAGGCAUACUCUUCUCGUCUUUGCAAACAGGCAAGCAUGUUAUAACUGCAUGGAUGGUUGCUCCUUCACCCAAGAAAGUCCAGGUCAAUGAGAAAGCCCUCGGCCUCUCACUGUCAGAGGCCACAUUUGCACCAUCUCGAGCCAGUCCCUUUUUGCGCUAUGUGAGUGCGGACUUCAAGCUGUCGGCCACCAAAGCGGACUCGUGGAGCAUUCGUGACUUCCACACGUGGGACUCUGUGCCCUUCCUCGACUGGCCUGUCAAGAACCAAAACGACUGCAAUGCGUGCUGGGCGUAUGCGGUGGUGGCGAGUGUGGAGGCGGCAUACGGCAUUGCAAAGCAGAAGAGCGCUCCCCGGCUGGCAGUGGAGGCGCUCUUCACCCUCAUGGGGCUCUCCGACUCCGACAAGUGCUCCGCUGGCGGCUCCCCCACCCACGCAUUUGAGACGCUCACAGCUCUCGAUGCCUCCAGCGGGCUCACGGGUGCCAGCAACCCUGUAGGUAGAACAGCAUGA